CCGAAUGCUCAGAAGACAACGCAGUAUCGCGAGCAACCAUUGGUUCUGGCUUGUCAGCCAGUGUGCUACAGCGUUUGAAGUAACGUGGGUGACGAGCUUGGAGCUGCCAAGAUGCUGCGUCGACAGGCCCGGAUGCGGAGGGAGUACCUGUACCGGAAGGCGCAGGAGGACAAGCUGCGCCGAAUAGAGGAGAAAAAGCGGAAACUGCAAAGCGCCCUGGACGAGAACAAGCUGAUCCCCACUGAACUGCGGCGGGAAGCGUUGGAGCUGCAGAAGGCAUUGGAGUACGACGACGAAGGAGGCGAGGGAGUAAGCAGUCAGGUGGACGACGAGUACAGGUGGGCCGGAGUGGAGGACCCGAAAGUCAUGAUCACCACCUCCCGGGACCCCAGUGCCAAGCUCAAGCAGUUUGCCAAGGAGCUGAAGCUGAUCUUCCCCGGCAGCCAGCGGAUGAACCGAGGGAAGCACGACAUCGAGGCCCUGGUGACGGCGUGCAAGGCCAACGCGGUGACCGACCUGAUUGUCGUGCAUGAGCACCGCGGCGUCCCAGAUGGCCUGGUGGUCUGCCACCUGCCCUUCGGCCCGACAGCGUACUUCGCUCUCUCCAACGUGGUGAUGCGGCACGACAUCCCCCGCCUCGGCACCAUGUCGGAGGCCCACCCCCACCUCAUCUUCCACAACCUGACGUCCAGGCUCGGACAGAGGGUAUCCAGCAUUCUGAAGUAUUUAUUCCCGGUCCCUAAAGACGACAGCAAGAGAGUGAUCACGUUUGCGAACCAAGACGACUACAUCUCCUUCAGGCACCACGUCUACAAAAAGGUGGAUCACAAGAAUGUGGAGCUGUCCGAAGUGGGGCCCAGGUUCGAAAUGAAGCCGUACCAGAUCAAACUGGGGACCCUGGAGAACGAGCGAACCUCCGAGAUGGAGUGGUGCUGGCACCCGUUCACGAACACGGCCAAGAAGAAGAGGUACCUGAGCGUUGAGUGAGGUGAGGCAGGCCAGGUGGAGCGGUCAGCACCUGUGGGGGAAGAGGCAUGGCCGAGGCUCCCGCCUGCUGUGUUGGCCACCAGUGGACUUGACAGCCAAGGCUUCCUCCCAAAACGUUCUCCCUGACCGAGAGAGCUCUGCCAAUGUCAGAUAACCCAGGACCUGCACUGGUUGCUAAACCAGUUCCUUCUUAUGACCUUAUUCACCAGCUCAAGUUUCACCAGCUUGUGGUUUCCACUGUGAUGUUCGAGUGGACUCCCAAGAUUUCGACUUGGCAAUGACGAAGAAACAUUUUAACUCAGCGACGAAGUAGAACUAACGGUGAAUUUCAAGAGGGUGGGUGGACAUGGAGCAAGGAUUCCGGACUCUGCCGCCAAUUCCUACCCCCCCACCACCCUCAGUAUAAACUGGUGAAUGCUCACCCUCCUUCCCUUCCUGAGGUCAGCCAUCUGCUCUUCAGUCUUACUGGUGUUGGUACUGUGGGUGCACCACUCACCAGGUGACCUGUCUCGCUCCUGUACGCUAACCUGUCACGACCGGUGAUUGGUCCAAUAACAGUGGUGUCAUCGGCGAAUUUGUAGAUGGCACUGGAGCUGUAUUUACCAGGCAGGGGUUCCCAGCCUGGGCUCUGCAGACCCUUUGCUUAACGGUAUUGGUCCAUGGCAUAAAAGCUGUUGGGAACCCCUGGUUUAGCCCUACAGUCAUGUGUGUGCGUGUGUACGCACAAACCGGAGGGAGCAGACUGGCGAAGACCAGUGAUAUUGACUGUUCCUCUCCCCGCUGCCAGUGCCCACCCUGCUGUCUGUAUUCCUGUCUGCCUACUGACGUCAGCAAGCUCCCUCUGGGCAUUCCUCCAUGAUCCACGGUAUCACCGAUUUCCCCUGCUCCGUUCAAGCCGAACCACGCAUUCAGGGCCCGCAAAUUAGCCGCCUGUUGAACCAUUUCUUCCCGUGGACUCAGCAAAAACAAGAGGCUGCGCCAACUACUUCAGAGAUUCAAGGUACAUUGAUUAUCGAAAUAUGUACGCGGUGUACAACCCUGAGGUUCACUGUCUCACAGGCUGCCACAAAACAAGAAAACCAUGCAACCCAUUCACAGAAAGACUUCAAACCCCCCAGCGUGGAAAAUGAAAAGAGCAAAUCGUGCAAAUGGCAAGAAAAGCACAGAAUAUAAAUCAUCAAACCACAAAUUCAGUGAAACAGUCCAGGCGUGUUAAGUCUCGGUUCAGUUCAAUCUAGCACUGUGUUCUUGGUUGACAGUAGUCCACCCCAAUCAACAUCGCAACAGAGAAAGGAGUGGCCAGAAACCAGAAACGCGUCGUAUCAUGAGCUUAUCACAAGCCGCAUCAAUCAAACCUUGCCCAAGACCCAACUGUUCACACUGAUCUCCUUUUAUUCCCUCACGUUCAUCUCCCUACCCACACUGGGGUUGGAAGGCAAUUACUCCACGCCCCACCCUGCCCGAUGCAUUAACUGGAGAGAAUCAGAUUCUUCGGGUAGAUCAAUAAAAACUUACUGCCAGGUCUAAGUGACUCCUCUUGGUCGCCAUCAUAAGGUUCGUCAAGAUUCAGGAUUGUUUAUUGUCGUUGUACACCAGCAAGAGGGUGCAAUGCCUUCGUUACAGUUCGGAGGGGGGGCGGUGGCUAAGACAAUCUGAUGUCUGAUCAGUGUUUAAAACAUCCUAAUUCUUUUUUGUAAGCAAUCUUAAUAAAAUAACCCCAAUUGUUAUCGGUGGCCGACUUUAAUGUCUCUGCCUUGUUGGACGGGUGCCGACGACUGUCCGGCUGUUAUAUCGUGGGAUUUGGGAGGGAACCAGAUUUUGGGGAGGCGAGGCAAACGUCAGAAGUCAGGAUCUUUCCCAGGUCACCACAACAUGGAGGUAUCGGUGCUACACACUGCACUUCUGCGCUGUCCUGGAGCGAAAGGGUUAUCAUAUGAGCAGCG